AUGAGGAUGUCUGAUACUGUUACUAUAAAAGAUGAAUCUGAAACAAUGAAGGAUUUGGAGGCAGAAAUGAAAGAUAAAACCAAAGUUGAAAAUCUUAUCAAAUCAGAAAACUGUAGGAAGAUAUUGGCAGAGAAGAAUGAACGUUGUAUCGAUAACAAUAUUAAUUUGCAGCGGCCAUUGCAGUCAUUGGGACAGACAGGAAAAAGGUCUAAGUCAAGCUCAAAGUUAAAGCUAGUUCGGAGCCUUGCAGUAUGUGAAGAGUCUCCGCCACUCCCUGCUGCAGAGAUAUCACAGGAUAACCAGGAGAAAAUUCAGAUCCAGUUAACACAAUCAUUUGACAAAGAGGAGAAGCCCUCAAAAGAUGAAGCAGAAAAAGAAAAAGCCAGUGAUAAAUUGCCCAGAAAAAUGUUAUCAAGAGAUUCCAGUCAAGAAUACACUGAUUCAACUGGCAUAGAUCUACAUGAAUUUUUAGUAAAUACAUUAAAAAACAAUCCCAGGGACAGAAUGAUGCUGCUGAAAUUGGAACAAGAAAUUUUAGAUUUCAUUGGUAAUAAUGAGUCUCCACGUAAAAAAUUUCCCCCAAUGACAUCUUACCAUAGGAUGCUGUUACACAGAGUAGCUGCUUACUUUGGAUUAGACCACAAUGUUGAUCAGAGUGGGAAGUCUGUCAUAGUAAACAAAACUAGCAAUACAAGGAUACCUGAUCAGAAAUUUAAUGAACAUAUUAAGGAUGAUAAAGGUGAAGAUUUUCAGAAACGAUAUAUCCUCAAGAGAGAUAACUCUAGCUUUGACAAAGAUGAUAACCAGAUGAGAAUACGAUUAAAAGAUGACAGAAGAAGCAAAUCUAUAGAAGAAAGAGAAGAAGAGUACCAGAGAGCUAGAGACCGAAUAUUUUCCCAAGAUUCCUUGUGUUCCCAAGAGAGUUAUAUUCUUGACAGAAGAAUCCAUGACGAUGAUGCUAGUAGUACUCAGCAGAGGCGCCAGAUAUUUAGAGUUAAUAAAGAUGCUUCUGGGAGAUCAACAAAUAGCCAUCAAAGCAGCACCGAGAAUGAUCUGAAGUACUCUGAGCCACGACCCUGGAGCAGCACAGACUCUGACAGCUCCCUGCGCAACCUGAAGCCGGCUGUUACCAAAGCCAGCAGCUUCAGUGGAAUCUCGGUCCUCACGAGAGGCGAUAGUUCUGGAAGCAGCAAGAGCAUAGGCAGGCUUUCCAAAACAGGUUCUGAGUCUUCUGGUAGUGUAGGGUCAUCUACGGGCUCUCUCUCUCACAUCCAGCAGCCUCUUCCAGGUACAGCUCUCAGCCAGUCUUCUCAUGGCGCACCUGUCGUCUAUCCAACUGUCAGCACUCAUAGUUCUCUUUCCUUUGACGGUGGCCUAAAUGGGCAAGUCGCCUCUCCUAGCACUAGCUUCUUUUUGCUUCCCUUGGAAGCAGCAGGCAUACCACCUGGCAGUAUUCUGAUCAACCCACAAACAGGUCAGCCCUUCAUAAACCCUGAUGGGAGUCCAGUUGUGUACAAUCCUCCUUUGACUCAACAACCAAUCAGAACCCAAGUGCCUGGACCUCCACAGCCACCUCUGCCACCUCCAGCACCUCAACAACAAACAGCUAAUCACAUUUUCUCACAGCAGGAUAACCUCGGAUCUCAGUUUAGCCACAUGAAUCUUGCCCGCCAGCUCCCUGCUGAUGGUCCCGACCCUCAUGCCACCCUGUUCCAGUCUACUGUGGUUCUCCAGUCCCCGCAACAGCCUGGUUAUAUUGUGACAACAGCCCCUCCCCAGCAUCCCCCGCCCCCACCUCCUCCCCCUCCGCCUCUGCCACCUGGACAGCCGGUCCCUUCUGCUGGCUAUUCUGCAUCUGGCCAUCCUGUCAGCCAGACUCUGCUGCAGCAGCAGGGAUACAUUCAGCAGCCCUCACCACAGAUGCCAGCCUGUUACUGUGCUCCAGGCCACUGUCACUCGAGUCAAGCUCAGUAUCGCCCAGUCCCUUCUGUCAACUACAACUCCCAUCUAAACCAACCACUGCCACAGCCUGCACAGCAGACAGGUUAUCAAGUUAUGUCCAACCAGCAGCAAAACUUCCAAGGACUAGUUGGAGUUCAGCAACCCCAGAGUCAGAGCCUAGUCAGUAGCCAACCCAACAACAUUGGCAAUCAGAUUCAAGGAGUGGUCAUUCCCUAUCCCUCGGUGCCAUCAUAUCAGGUAUCACUGCCUCAAGGUUCUCAAGGAAUUGCCCAUCAAACUUAUCAACAGCCUGUUAUGUUUCCUAAUCAUUCUAAUCAAGGAUCUAUAUCCACAACAGGAAUGCCAGUUUAUUAUAGUGUCAUCCCACCUGGUCAGCAAAAUAAUUUAAGCUCAUCAUUAGGUUACUUACAACAUCCAGGAUCAGAACAAGUGCAGUUUCCUCGAACAACAUCACCGUGCAGUUCCCAGCAGCUUCAGAGCCACCAGUGCACAGGUAUGCCACCUCUGCCACCCAGUGGAGGAAUGGUGAUGAUGCAGCUCAAUGUACCAAACAGCGCACAGUCGCAUGCCCACUCACCCCCACAGUGGAAACAAAACAAAUACUACUGUGAUCACCAGAGAGGACUGAAGUGUGUGGAAUUCAGCAGUGUGGACAGCAUUGUCCAGCACAGCCCUCAACUCAGCAGUCCCAUUGUCUCACCAGCUCAGUCACCAGCACCAGCUCAGCUGUCCACCCUGAAGGCUGUUCGUCCCUCUGCACCACAACUUUCCGUGAUGCCUCCAUUUUCUAGACCUUUUGUCCCUGGGCAAGGAGACACAAGAUACCCACUACUUGGCCAGCCACUGCAAUACAACCCAGCCACUGUUGUACAUGGACACAUUCCAAACCAGCAGGGUCAUCCUGGAAACAGGCAUGGAAACCGAGGAAGGAAACAAGCUAAAAAAGCCGCGUCCACUGAUCUUGGCGCAGGAGAAGCAGUUGUUGGGAAGGUCUUGGAAAUAACUGAACUACCAGAUGGCAUAACUCGCAUGGAAGCCGAGAAGCUUUUUGGAGAACUCUUUAAAAUUGGCGCCAAGAUCCGGUGGCUCCGAGACCCACAGUCCCAGCCCCAGCUGCGGCGUCACCCCCUCUGCUGUGGCAGUGGGGACAGCACUGUCAACCCCGAACGCUCUAAACCCAGUGACUUGGCCUCCACAUACACCGUCCUAGCCACAUUCCCUUCCAUUUCAGCUGCGCAGAAUGCAUUGAAGAAGCAGAUUAACUCAGUUAACAAGUUUAAGCUGAGAACAAGCAAGAAGAACUAUGACUUUCACAUUUUGGAAAGGGCAAGUUCUCAGUAA